AUGGCAUCUACAGUGCCUUAUGACGCUUACGAUAACGAUGUUGACAAUAAUCCAUUCUCCGAACCUUCGGAAGAGAAUCUUGGUGUUGCGGUAGCAAAUAACGAGGAGGCAGGAGCAGUAGUAGAUACUGGUGCUCCUGCAAUGGCAGGAACUCCGAAAGAUUUGAGUGCAAAUGUGAAUGCAGAUUCCCAAUCAUUGCCAGAUUUUUUACCAGAGCGCAAGUCCAAAAAGUACCAUAUAGUUGCCAAGAUAACAGGGCUAGAACGAACUGGCUCUUUAACUGCUCGCAAAGAAUCACCUACAAUCAUAUUUGAUGUCUCUACAAAUCUCCCCACGUUUCGCAAGUCGCAGCAUAAGAAUGUUAAGAAGACGUACGAUGAGUUUCAGGCACUAUUUAACUACUUAAGCAGUGCGGUACCUGAGACGUUUGUAUGUGCUUUACCACCUCCCAGUACUAGUUUUGGCAUUAACAAUAACGAGGAUAUGCAAAAGACCUUAAAAAACUUUAGCAAAUGGAUAGACAAAGUUUGCAACGACCCAUUGCUAAUAGUCAAUGAGGAGCUCGCAUAUUUCAUAGAGAGCGAUUUCAACACUUACACUCCGAUGAGUAAGGCUAAGCAGCCUGCAUCUGGUUUACGUCGGAAAACCAUGAAGCAGCUGCCUCCUCCUUAUGACGAAGUUGUUGAACUUGCUGAAUUCCGACCUCUCGUGAAAUCGAUCUAUAUAAUCUGUCAGGAAGUCCAGAAUAAACUAUUAAGAAUGAGCAAAGCUAGAAAACAGCUCUCCCAAGAAGAAAAUGCCUUCGGCCAGAAUUUCCAUAACCUCUCAGUCGAUGAUGAAAGGCACAGUAAACUCUACAGACGCUUUGGAAAGGUAAUCACUGCAGUAGGCGACAUUGACAGUGUUAUGGCUACCUUCGAAAUGGCUACGCUCUACGAUGAUCUCAAAUGGAUUGUCCAAGAUAGCUACAUCGUUAAGGAAACCCUUACAAACCGCCACUUCCUCAUGAAGGAACUCCUCCAAGCUCAGCAGAAUACAAAGAUGAAACAAGACAGCGCUCGUAGGCUCCGCGCUAAGCGCGAUAUCAGCCCACUUAAAGUGGACGACGCCAUCCGCCAACUUAAACUCGCCACAAAAAGUGAGCACGAACUCACCGUCAAACUUCAAAGAGUCACCCAUAAUAUGCUAAUAGAAAAACAAAACUGGAUGGACUCCCUCGUAGAUUCCCUAGCUUCCACUGUCAAGGAGUACACCCUCAAAAAAAUCGAAUACGAGCGCAAAAAACUCACCCUACUGGAACGAGUCCGCUCCGAUGUGAGAAACGUCGAUACCCAAGGCGGACUAUCACGUCUAGGCCGCGAACAACUAGUCUCCAGCCCAACCUUGAACCCCUCUCAGUCGGCAAUCCAAGGUGACUCCUGGACUGCAGACCGCCGCGCUAGCCAUUGCAUCGAAAACACCGAAUUCGACAUUACAAUCCCCCAUCUCACACACUCCCCGGAACCUUCUCCAGACACACAGGACCUCUAUACUGGCCCAAUUGACGCACGCCAAGCGGCAACAAUCCUCGGAACAAGUACAUUCUAG